AACUGGGAUUCUCGACAGCUGUCGCCACAUGAUAUGCGUGUUUUAUUGAUUUUAUCUUGGAAGGUGCUCUUAUGCGAUUGCGUCACUGACUGUAUGAGGACAAUAACGUUGGUCAGUGCUCUCGUGUAUAAUAAGUAACCUACGGGCGCGUAAGUGUCGUUUUGUCCUUAACAUCGAGUUAAUAAAUUUGUGUAGUGCAACAUAACCUUAAAUUUAAUGGCGCAUUCUGGGAAGCCAUGGUUACAAUGUCAGUUUGCAUGGCAAGUGGAGCCAGAUCCGGGUGACUGACCCGAUCUUGGGCGCUCCCGCCCGCCUAGGUAGCCAUAGCUUGGGGGGUGCGCCCCCACAAAGACAGUUGACAGUGCCUAUGGAGCUUUUCGUGGGUCGCCUCCGAGCCUAUUGGCUUUCCCACAGUUCUGAUUGCCAAGAUAAUCAGCCUCCACGAGAUACGUCCGACCAAGUGGCUGAGCUUCUCAAGGACUCUCGCAAUACGGAGGUGGCUACUCUUAAUACUGGUACAGGGGAAGAGAUGACGGUAACAGGAUAUCGUGUCUGCCGUUGGCGUUCUGUCAUCUAUUGGUGCGUAGUACUAUUGACCGGCGGUUCGCUCCGCCUUGUAACCCAUUGGUGGCAACACUGGCACCUCCUCGCCACCCAUCGUCGUUGUUCACUUGCUUUGGCUACAGCUGUGCUUGUACGUGAGCACUAUCAAGGCAAACACGUUAUCUAUUUUGUCUGUCAUGUAAUAACUCUAAUAUCAAAUGAUGGAGAGCUGAGUAUACCACAAGGUGGCGGAGCUUUUGCACCCGCCGAUUACGUGCGUCUGUUUCACUGUAAACAACUAAGAUAUAUAUGGCGUACAUCGGUGCAACAAUUUGAGUGUCUCACGGGGCUGGAAGAGGGCAUCAGUAGUGUAGCAUUGCACAGACAUCGUGGUCUCAACGCAGUAGAGCAAAAUCGACGUGGGGUGGUGUAUGGAACCAAUGAGAUUGACAUACCUGUGAAAGGUGUUUUAAAGCUACUCUUUCUCGAGGUUCUCAAUCCUUUUUACGUGUUUCAAUUCUUCUCAGUAUGUCUUUGGUUCUCCUACAAUUACGUAUGGUAUGCCAUUGUGAUCGUAGCCAUGUCAGUAUUCGGUAUUACAAUGUCAGUGAUUCAAACGCGCCGUAAUCAAAAAGCACUAAUGACCACUGUUGGAACUACAGAUUGGAUCUGCGUACGCCGAGAUAAUGGUGUUGUUGAACGCGUGGAAACACGUCUUCUCGUUCCAGGUGACGUUCUUCUGGUACCGCGCACAGGCUGUCAUAUGCAUUGCGAUGCCGUAUUGUUAAAUGGUAACGCCAUUCUCGAUGAGUCAUCUUUAACUGGUGAAAGCGUACCUGUAACAAAAACGCCAAUUCCAUGUCGUCGUGAUCUAAUGUUCAGCGCUCGUGAGCAUGGUCGACACAUGCUUUUCACAGGUACAAAAGUAAUUCAAACGAGAUACAUAGGCCACGAACAAGUACUUGCGUUGGUAAUAAGCACAGGAAAUUCGACAGUAAAAGGUGGCCUCAUUCGUAGCAUUCUUUAUCCACCUCCAGUAGACUACAAGUUUGAGAAAGACUCUUAUAAAUUCAUUAAGCUACUGGGCGUCAUAGCGGUCAUCGGUUUUCUCUACACACUUGUUACCAAGAUCAUUCGUGGAGUAUCUGCGUCAAAAAUUGCUAUAGAGAGCUUGGAUCUUAUCACUAUUGCUGUACCUCCUGCUCUGCCUGCCGCUAUGACAGUGGGACGCAUGAAUGCGCAGCAACGUCUGAAGCAAAAGAACAUCUACUGCAUCUCUCCGCGUAGUAUAAAUGUGUCAGGCAGCAUCGAUUGUGUUUGUUUCGAUAAGACAGGAACGUUGACUGAAGAGGGUCUAGACAUGUGGGGUGUUGUGGCUUCUGUAGAGGGGGAGUUCCAGAUGCCAGUACGCGAAAUUUCCUGCAUGUCCAGUGGUCCAUUACUAUCUGCUAUGGUAACAUGUCAAGGACUUACAGUAAUGGCGGGCGAACUGAAGGGUGAUCCGCUGGAUCUUAAAAUGUUCGAGGCCACGGGUUGGCUACUAGAAGAAGCUUGCUUAGAUGACCACACUAAAUACGAUAUGCUUUUUCCUACCGUCGUUCGUUCUCCGAUUGACGACAUUGAUGCUAUAGGCAUUGUGCGUAGCUUUCCUUUUACAAGUAUACUGCAGCGAAUGAGUGUGGUUGCACGUGGACUGACAGAUACACAUUUUACGGCAUACUGUAAAGGUUCACCUGAGAUGAUACACACACUGUGCCUACCUGCUUCUGUUCCACGUGAUUUUCAUGCAAAAUUGGACAUAUUCGCUCAACAAGGCUACCGUAUUAUUGCGGUAGCAUUCAAAGCACUUGAUAAAAAGAUUUCAUAUGCGCGAUUACAGCGCCUGAACCGAGAAGCAAUAGAAUCUGAACUGAUAUUUCUGGGCUUUGUAAUCUUAGAGAAUCGUCUAAAGAUUGAUACGACAGCAGUUAUUAGUAGUCUUACACGUGCAAAUAUCCGCACAGUGAUGAUUACGGGCGAUAAUAUUCUUACAGCGGUGUCAGUGGCUAAGGACUGUGGCAUGAUACCAAAGCAACAGAGUGUAAUAAUGGUAAAUGUGAAAAUGACAUUGGAUGGUUGCCACUUAUACUACAAUCUUACUAGCACCGCUGGACAAGAGAACAUAACUACAGGCUCAAUUGAUUCUCUGUACACAGCGGAUACAUGCACAACUAGUCAUACAACACAUACUACGCUGACCAUUGCGCAAGAUGACGAUGAUACUACAAUGCUGCCGCCGGAUUUACCGUCAAAUAAUUAUCGUUUUGCUAUGACAGGCCGUACAUGGGCACUUGUGCGGCAAUAUCAUCCUGAGCUCGUAGAACGUUUUGUAACACGUGGGGUGGUAUUUGCUCGUAUGCCACCAGAAGCAAAGCAAAGUCUUGUGGCGGAGCUUCAAUCUUUAGGCUAUUAUGUAGCCAUGUGCGGUGAUGGUGCUAAUGAUUGCGGUGCUCUUAAAACUGCACAUACAGGCAUUAGUCUAAGCGAAGCCGAAAGCAGCGUAGCAUCACCCUUCACGAGUCGCUCGGCUACAAUUGCGUGCGUACUUGACGUAAUUCGUGAAGGACGUGCCGCUCUCGUAACAAGCUUUGGUAUUUUCAAAUACAUGGCUGCGUAUUCUCUGGUGCAGUUCACCAGCGUACUCAUCCUUUACAGCAUUGACAGCAAUCUUACUGAUCUUCAAUACCUCUAUAUCGACUUAUUUAUUAUCAGCGUAUUUGCUUUCUUCUUCGGAAAAACCCCUGCGUAUGAGGGCGAUUUGGUGAGACAGACACCGCAAAAUUCCUUGAUUUCUUUGGAGCCACUCGUAUCGUUGACUCUACAUUUAAUUAUCAGCGUAAUGUUUCAGGUUUUUGCAUGGUAUCACUUGAGAGCGCAAUCCUGGUUCGUGCCAUUCAACGCCACCGCCCAAAGCAGCGAAUUCGAUCAUGGUUGUCUCGAGAACUUUACUAUAUUUGGAGUCUCGUCUUUCCAAUACAUCAUUUUAGCAUUUGUAUUCAACAAAGGUGCUCCUUACCGACGCUCCAUAACCACAAAUUAUGGUUUCCUUAUUGCCAUGGUAUUCAACACUGUGUUUACUGUGGUUGUGGUUGUUUCUCCGCCGCAUUUCCUUGCAAACCAACUUGAACUCGUAAUUCCACCUGAUAUGGGAUUUAGACUCACCUUGGUUGCAUGUGGAGCACUUCAUUGGCUAAUGGCAGUACUUCUAGAGGUGUUUUUUAUUGAGAAAUUUAUACAAAAACGUCAUAGAACGCCAAGACGGCGUUUUCUUCUCGUAGAACAUUUUCUCAGGCAAACCCCAGCAUGGCCACCACUUAGUGCAUUAGGAACGACUACGGCUAUCACUGCUCCCACUUCACCCACUUCCCAUGCCGACAUUGGCAUCAACGAGGCUCCCAGAGACCGAUCAAUCAUACUAAGCCUAAUUGCACCUGCAACGCUAAAUGCAGCAGAAUUUCCGCUUCAGCAGAGGGUCUCUUGAUAGUCAAUGUGUGUAUACAUAUGCAUUAAUAAAUACAGUCGAAUUGUAUAAAUCA